AGUCAAUGAAAAUGCAAAUGGCCGCCAUCAUGGUGAAGUAGCACCUAGUUGUUUUCGCGUACUAAUAAAUUUAAUCGUAAAAAAUGUUGUGCUCGUGCGUAAUGAGUAACUAUUAAAUGAACUACGAUACCGGUAAUAGUGAGCUUUUUAAUCGUGAGGAUUAAAAAAGGGUGAGUGAUAUGAUCUAAUGUGUUAAAUUCUUAAUUAUCCUCGACGUGGAUGGACACGCGCCCAAUUCUUAUCCGGCAACCGCAUUAAAGUAUGCAGAACUUGGGAAUCAUUUUAUAAUCAAUAAUUCGACUAUCCCUUGAUUAGUAUUAUCAUAAUAAACUCUUUGUUUAAUGGUGUUUCAAGUUGUAAGGUGAAAAUUGUAUUAGGAAUGAUGGUGAUUGUGUAUCAUAAAAGAGAAGAUUAGUGAGUAAUUUUCUUUAAAAAAAAGUCUUAAAAAAAGAGGAUAGUGAUGCCUGCUGUUAGUAUUUGCGAUCCUGUCGCUGUGGUCCUCCGCAAUAGUUUGGAGAGUCAGUCAAAAUCGGACGACCUGUCGAUUACCAUAGCUGACAGUAUUUCACGAAUUUCGGAAAGUAGUAUUGAAUACGAAAAGGAGGCACAAACCUGUAAAUCUAGAGAAGGACUUGAUCCGAUAAAAUUGAAAAUUGCGACAUUUUAUACUCACAGUACGGAAAUUAUUGCGGAUAGUGGAAAUAUGAAAGAGGGUGCCUCAUGUUCAAAGCGAACGAACGCCAGAAAGACUGAACCCACUUUACCGGGAGCCAAACAUGUUUUGUAUCCACCAAAUAAAAUUGUUCUAGGAUGGAAAGACAAUUUUCCAGUUGGCGCUGGAAUGAUAAAUGUCGGUAACACCUGCUAUUUAAAUAGCACGUUGCAGGCUUUAUUUCAUGUUCCAGCUCUCGUUAAUUGGCUAUUAUCCGAUAGUCACCAUGGCUCAGGUUGUGAUCAGAAUGAUGGAGGGGAGUGCCUUACUUGUUCCAUGGCGAAGACUUUAAAAUUUAGCCAUCAAAAAACGGGAGAUGCAAUUAAACCUUUUUGCAUUUAUAACAAACUAAAACUAAUUUGUAAAACUAUGUCACCGGGAGACCAAGAAGAUGCUCACGAAUUUUUACGUUAUUUAUUGGAGGGAAUGGAGAAAGCCUACUUGAUAAGACAUAAAGCAACAAAAUUAGAUAAUUAUUCCAAGGAAACAACACCUGUGAAUCAAAUUUUCGGCGGUUAUAUUCGCACAGAAGUCAAGUGCCUCGAGUGCGAUCAUAUAUCAACAACAUUCUCCCAUUUUCAGGACUUAUUAGUGGAUAUUCGGAAAGCGAACACCUUAGAUGAAGCGCUUUCCAGUUACUUUAGUCAAGAGCAUUUAGACAACAAUGACUAUAAAUGCGAAGCUUGCAAACGAAGAGUUCCUGCCACUAAACAAUUUAGUUUACAAAGACCACCAAAAGUGCUUUGUGUGCAGCUGAAACGUUUCAGUCACGUGGGUAGUAAAAAUUUAAAGAACAUCGGAUUCAAGCAAACAGUCGACAUGGGUCCGUAUUUAUGGCGUGAAAAAGGAGAGCCAUCGAAAAAGUUAAAUUACAAAUUAACGUCAAUGAUAACACACAUGGGACCCACAGUUAAUUGCGGUCAUUAUACAGCCGUUGCCCAAGUAUCGUCCGGAAAAUAUUACACUUUCGACGAUUCGUCAGUACGUCAAAUAAGCUUAACCACAGUAUUGAAUACAAACGCUUAUAUAAUGAUAUUCGAAAUGGAACCAGAGAGUCACAAUCAUUUAAAUAGCCAUCAAAGUAUCAAAUUAAACGGAAUAUUAACAUCCAAGAAUUUCUUGCCCAUCUCAACAAAUAAUGCCGAGAAACUCCCAAAACCCUCAACUUCCGGUAUUAUCCCACAAAAUGGUUUCGACAACAAUAGUCCAAAACACAAGGAACUCGUGAGUUCCUCCUCAUCAUCGUCGAUUAAUUCCCAAUCACCGCAAAAGAGCAAUGGUCUUCACACCAAUGGCCAGAAGAAUUCAAAUUUCAUCGGUCCGUUACUACCGCAGAAAAUACAGGAAAAAUCACAACCACGUUUAGUAUUACACACGAAGAAUGGAAAAGUAUUGAAUGGCAGUAGUUUGGUACCAUACGAUGGUUCUAGUGACGACGACGAGAAUUCUGCAAGUACAACGAAAUCACAAUCUAACGAGAACACUAAUAAUCUGAAACCAAAUCCAUUUAAUACGGGAAAUAUGCAAAAGGUCCUCACUACGAAAAAUGAUUCGCCAACUAAAGCUGGAACGAAUUCGAAGGAAGCGUUCAAGUCGAACGGCAAUGGUUUCACUCCGUUCUCAAAGACAAUGCAUAAUGGAGUUAAUUAUUCAGUGAAACAACACAAUAAUAGUAAUGGAAAUGGAAUAAAGAAUCAUCAGAACUCAUCGUCGCCCAAACAUCAUCAAAAUGGAAAAUUCGAUAGUAACGGAAAAAUGGAAAAUUGCGGCAAGGAAAAAUGGUUCAGUCCGACGAAAGGAAAAAACAAUGAGGAUGGACCUUUGGCGACUAGCAGUAACGGUUGGCAAGUGUCGAAGGAUACUCAAGCACCGUCUUCAACGGCAAUUCCGAAUGGAUGGUCCGUUACUGAUAAUAAUCGUGAAGACAGCGGGAAAUUCAGUUACAAUUCAACACCAAAUGCCGCGGCAUUCCGUGACUUUAAUGGAACAAAUCGUUCCGAAACAGUGUCACAUUUAUUGAAGACAUCACAUCGUGGUUAUGGAAGUAAUUCCGUAACGAAUUGGAACGGGGGAAGAUCAAGAUUAGAUCGAGAAGUUGAUGACGAGAGACGACAGGAGAGAAAACGUCAUUUGGAUCCUGACGAUGAAGAAAUUGAUAGAGGUCGUACGAAGAAAAUGAAAAUAAAUCGUGACUACGAUAAUCGUUUCAAUCCAUUUCAAGAUUAUCAAAAUGUCAAAGGCGCACAACGUCCAAUGGGUUAUCAACGAAGAAGUUACUACAAUACUUCCUCUCACAAUAGAGCACGAUACAAUAAUAGGCCGAGUUAUCAUAGAUACCAUCAAAAUCAAAAUCGCAAUCACUGGCAACGCAGAUAGAAGAAAAAAAUGCAGUGAAAUGCGAAUUAAAUUUUGACAUUCAAUUGCUUUUUAUUUCAAAUUAUUGAAUAUUCUCGAUUCAAUAAAUGAGAAUUUAGUAAUAAAAAGAAGAAAAAUGAGAAUGUAAAAAAUCGCAGCAAACGUUGCAUUUCGAGUAAAUUGAACACUUUCUCAGACUAUUGACACGUUUUGACUGCAAAAAAAAAACACACACACACUCUAUCCUCAUAGUUAGAUUAAAGAAAAUGAAAAUGAUCUAAUUUAUUAAUGAGACAUCCUUUUCUUUGUCUUCUCAUUGAGGAUAUGUAAAAAGAGAUAGAAAGACAGAGAGUAGGAGAGGGAAAUAAACCAUUUUAGACUAAUUUUGAUCGUCUAAAAAAAAACAAAGUUUAGGGGGAAUUGUCGUGUUUCUUUUAUUUAAUUAAUGAACAUAAUUUUUUAAUUUUACCAACGGGAUAUAAUUUAUAAUAAACUAUCAAUAAAAGUUCCUUGUAUGAUCGAUUUUUCCGCAAAAAAAAAAAGAAAUGCGAUCCGUCCUCCUUCAUUUUAUAGCAAUAUAAAAAUUAUGAUACUCGAUUCCCAGAUUUAUAGUUAAAGAAAACAAAAGUAUAGUUCUAUACUUAUACUGAUCGAGCGGCUAUAUAGUUAAUCGAUUGAAAAAAAUAUAUAUAAACAACCGCGAGUUGUCGAUUAUAAUUAAACUUGUAUAUUUCCAAGGGUCUCGUUGUAUAUUCGCAGAAUAUUUUUUUGAAAGAUCAUCGAAUACCGCGACUCUUUAUUGAUUAAUCAAUUAAUGGAUUUUAAAAGAAAAAUGUAUGCGAGAAUGAGAAAAAAAUAAUUAAAUGCCCGGUAAAAUAAGAAGCCAUUCAAGGAAUUAAUUUAAGUUUGUUAAUUGUAAGAUCAAUUCUUAUAUAUGGCGAAAUGAGAAUGAAAAUUUUAUUGAAGAGAUAGAAAGAAAGCGCGAGAGAGAAUAAAAGAGAAAGAGAAUGUGAAUUAAUUGUUGAAGCAAGUACUAUGGAGACGGUGAUAAGUUUCUUAUUCAUAGUCUGCUCCGAUUUAUAAUACCUCGUUAUAUUAUUCUAUAAAUUAAUACUAGCCAAAAAGUUAGACAUACGAAGUAUAAAAAAAAAGAAUAGCUAGACAUUAAACAUCAACAUUAUAAAUAAUGUAAUCGACGUCUGACUUGAUUUGCAUACAUACCAGAGCUGUCUUCAGUAAAUCGACGCCUGUAUUAAUGUAUGUAUGUCCGCAUAUUUGCUAUAAAAUUAAAAAAAUAUAUUCAAUAAAAAUAAAAGAAAUUUAA